AUGGUAUCUGCCGGCUCUAUUACUGUUGCGGUUCGCGUCCGCCCACCAUCCGCGUAUGAGGCAACCCGGCUUCCCGAACCGGUUUACGACACCACCAUCCGCGGAGAUGGAACGCUUUCUGCACCAAUACGCCCUGCGGCGUCUAUGUCUAGCGUCCGCGAGAUUGUCCAAGUCGUCGACGACCGCAUCUUGACGUUCGACCCCGUGGAAACGGAUCAAGCACGGGCGUUCGUCGAGCGUGGCUUCGUACCACCGGGCUCGAAACGCUACAAGGACAAGCGCUUCAUGUUUGAUCGCGUAUUCCGAUACGACGCCUCGCAACAGGACGUAUACGACGGCACUGCGCGGCCACUACUGAACAACUUACUUGACGGAUUUAAUGCAACAGUAUUCGCUUAUGGCGCCACUGGCUGUGGCAAAACACACACUAUCAGCGGGACACCGGCUGACCCUGGCACCAUCUACCUCACUAUGUCGGACCUCUUCCAACGAAUCGAGGAUCGCCGAGCGGAAUACGAUGUCGACGUUUCCGUAACGUUCCUCGAGAUAUACAACGAGGAGAUCCGUGACCUACUCGCCGAACCCGGCAUGCCUACACCACGCGGUGGCCUGCAGAUCCGCGAGGACAAAUCAGUCAAGGUCGUCGGGCUGACCGAACUACGCCCGACAUCUGCGGACGAGGUUAAGGAGAUCGUGAUGCUGGGCAAUACGCGCAGGACGCAAUCGCCUACGCAUGCAAACGAGACCUCCUCCCGCUCGCACGCUGUUUUGCAAGUGCACGUCACCCAAGCACCCCGUACGGCCUCACUCACCGAACAACGCACGAUGGGCACUCUCUCCAUCAUCGACUUGGCGGGUAGCGAGCGCGCUGCUGCCACAUCCAACAUGGGCCAGCGUAUGGUCGAGGGUGCAAACAUCAACAAGUCACUGCUCGCGCUCGGCAACUGCAUCAACGCCCUCUGCGAGAGUGGCGGUGCUAUUCGACACGUCCCUUACAGGAACAGCAAGCUCACCCGAUUGCUCAAGUUCUCGCUCGGCGGCAACUGCAAGACCGUCAUGAUCGUCUGCGUCGCGCCAACAUCUCUACACUUUGACGACACACACAACACCCUUAUCUACGCAGAACGCGCGACAAAGAUCAAAACACGCGUCGUCACUCGCAACGUGCUCAACGUUAACCGUCACGUCGGGCAAUACGUCGAAGCUAUCACGAAGCUCAAUGCCGAGGUCGCGGAGCUCAAGGCCAAACUGGCUGGCAAGCUCGGACAAGAAGCGGAGAUCGCGAGGCGCAAGAAGCAGGAGGCGCAAGCUGAGGUCGACAGGGCCAAGACCGACCUGAAGACGAAGGCACUCCAGAUGCACGCGCCUAUCUUGGAUGGCGCAGGAUGUGCUGGUCAGCUCUCGGCCGCGCGAUUGAAAUUGCAGGCUAUUCGCGCUCGCCUGGACGAUUUGGACAGACGCGCGACGCUCUCCGUCGACGAACAAGCCGAGCGCGACUUGCUCCGAGCUCUCGCCGUACCCGAAGAGUCUGCUAUACGGCCAGACAGCAUGCUCAACAACCGCAUCCAGCGCUCAAACAACUCACGUGCCAUGUUCGACGCCGUGUUACGGGCGGUCUCCGAGCGCAGGAGCGACCGCCUCGACGAGAUCAGCGUGGACAAUGUUCGAUUGGACGUCGAGUACAGGCGUAUGGAGUUGGAGAAGUUCAGGGCGGAGGCAGAGCGCGAUGCGAUUAAGGACGCAAUGGAGAGUCAGGCGAGGAUGUUCGUGCACCUCAUGGGCCUCGUCGGGCGCUACACUGUUGUCCUUGGGAAUGCGGGUAGCUCAAUACAAGCGGCCCUGAGCGAAGGGCCCGAUGGCCUCGAAACUUCCGUUCGCGCCAUCGCCGCGAAGCUGCAAGAUCUUGCUGGUCAGAAUGACAGGGACUUCGUGUCGUUCGUGAACCACAGCGUUGCAACCUAUGCGAACAUGGCUACUGGUGCGGCAAGUCUGCAGGGCUUCACUGGCCACCAUGCUCCACCACCGAGCGCCGUCUCGCAUGCGCCUCGUGUAUCAUCUGCACCUGGCGAUGUUCUGGGACCAUCCAAGGCCAGGGCCUCCCGCCGUUCUUCUUCAUACGGUGCUUUGGGUGUUGGCUCUCCUGCGAAGAAGGCUCCGACAUCCGUUCGUUCUCCUCGCCGCUCUCGUCCUAGUGUCUCGGGCAGCGCUCCAUAUCGUCGUCCAUCAGACAAGGGCAAGGAGAAAAAGGGCGUCCAAUGGCGGGACGAAGUUGGCGGAGAGAUCGAUGACGGAGGCGCCGGCCCUUCACGCGCGCCAUCAAUCUCCGUUACCGCCGCAGACGAGCCGGAGAACCCCUUCACGCAACGCGUCCCACCGUCUAUCUCUGACAGUGACUGGGAAGAUGAGAAGACGGACGACAGCGCCAACUACAGCCUACGCGAAGUACCCUUCCGACCUGGUGGUUCAACAUCCGGAAACCGCCUCAGCAUCGGCGGCCGCAAUGGCCUACGCUCAGAUACAUUGCGUUCUCGAGGUGUUUCAAACCUCAGCAGUCUGGCAGAAGACGACGAGAACGAGAGCGCGUCGCCACGUCGGCGCCGUGGCACACCUCUUUCACCAGCCGGAUUCAACGCGAAUGCUCAACAGUCGGACUCUGAGAGCGGCGGGAGCGCUAGUGGGAGCAAGCUGCGCAUGCCGAAGGGUGCGCAGGAGCGGCAGAACCACUCGAGUCCGCGUCGACAGGCCGGACAAGCGACUCCCCGAUCCGUUGCCACGUCCUACAAGCCUGGUCACAGCAGGAGACGGUCGAAUGUCGGGGUCGGUGUUGCGGGCAAGGCCCGUCGACGCUCUAGCCAGAUUCCUCAGCUCUCACCACAGAACCGCGCGGAGACCUCGUCGAGCGCGCCGUUGAGUCGCAGCACGUCGCAUGCACCCCGUCGAGUCGUGCUGGACCAGGGUCCGAAGUCACCUGCGAAGAGGGCGAAGAGGAUGUCCCUCCUCGCACUGGCGUCGAGGGGAAUGGCGAGUGCGCGGUUGAAAGCUGCCAACGCGCCAAGCGCUGCGAAUACGUCUGUCGGAGACGUUAGCAUGGGAGAGACCAGUUUCCGCGCAGGUGGAUCGGCGAGGCCCAAAGCCACAUGGAAAUAG